AUGGCGCAUUCAGGAUACGACCCUGGCCGUGCGCCAGAUGUCUUGCCGUCGGGAGUGAACGCGUUUGUUGAAGCAGGCUCGGCAAGGGCGGGCGCAAGUCACAUUGACGUGACUAUGAACCCUUUUGACCAUACCCGGCAGACCAUUCCUGGUCUUGGGCUAGGUUUUUUUGGCAAGGCAGAGAGACCAGACGCGAAGCAAACUGCCAUAUCUGCCAACGAAAAAGCGAAGCGCGCAAACACAGCCGCCAACGACUCGGCAGAGGAAGGAGAAAUAACCGCAGACGAAUUCGAGGACCUGUACGAGGCGCAAGAGCCGAUACAUAUAGCUCAGCAGGAGCAGCCUGCCCCGGAGAUUGACACUAGCUAUGUUGAGAUGAGCGAUGAAGAGCGCGAUCGUUCUGGCUCGUACUCCCCGUUUCUCUCUGCGAGGGAGAUGAAUGCAUCGCCACCCGCCCUCGUGCUCAUGCCCAUCCCCAUCAGCGACUCAGCUAGCAUCAUUGGACCCGACACAAUAGAAUUGCAAAAGAAACCCAACGAUAUCAUCGCGGAAGCUAGAAACCAAGCGAAAGAUGCCAUUUUACGGUUACGAGCAGCCAACAUUGGUUAUCAGGACUACGUCAAUGAGGGAAUCGACGAAGCUGUCCUCGACCAGCUCUUCGGUGACUUGGGCCUUGACAAGUCUGCGCAAAAACCCGCACCUGCAGCCCCCGCUACUGCCCCAGUGCCUUCCAAGAAGAUCAGCACCUCUGCUUCAAAGGCUAAGGACACCAUUACAACGACAGAGACACCACUUGAUAAAUCAGAGGCUCGCAAAGACCGUAUUGCAAGACUUCUCGCUGCGAAAGGAUCAAAGACUAUAAAGUCUGGAGGAGCCACUGUCAUUGGCAAAGUUGCGAAGGCCCCAAACAUGAAGGUAAUUUCGGAAAAGUCGAAACUUUUACAACAAAAGAUGGAGGCAUUGCUCAAGGCGCGGGAAGAAAAGCAAAAGGAGCUUGAUCGACAAACAGCACUGGCGGCAUCGGGACUCGAAUCUCAAAAAGAGAGCUUCCCCAGCGCCAAUCCUGGAGCUGGUCCCGCGGAGCUAUCCUCGGCUUUACAGGUGGCGGUAGCGAGUGAUCAGGCUACGCAACCAUCAACAUUGGAGGCUGUUGGGUCGAUCCCUUCCUCUGCGAAAGCUCUCGCUACGCCAAAUAGUGGGAGUGUGAGCGCUUCCGACGGCCCCUUUCAAAAGCCUUUUGGGCCGACGCGGCCAUUUCUCAUUGAUGUUAGCGAUGACGAAGACGACAUUGACAUGGAUAUGGAAUCUCCUGAGCAACGCAUGUCAGCAUUGCAUGCGCCUAGUAGCCCAGGUAAAAGGCAACUGCAGACGCUGUCACAUCUCCAAAAAAACGGAUCGUUACACACGCCACCGGCAACUCGCCACGACUUGGAAAAUAUGAACAAAAAGAUCGAGGCAAUGAAGCGCAAGAUUGCACAAGCCGAGGCAAAGAAGAGACUCAAGCUAUCUGCGCCAGCCUCGCCCGCCGCAUCACCACGACCUAGGGCCUAUGAUAUCUACGAGGCAACCUCGAGCUCUCCAGAUCUAUCUGCUCCUAUCACCCACGAUGCCAUCUCUCAUGGAUUACCGAAAGUGGCAGAGACAAGACUGUCAUCGCCUGGAUCGCCAAAAAUCAAUCGAUCCCGCGCUGCAAGUGAACGACUUCCAAUGCUCGAAUCGCGCCGAAAAGAGCAGAUGUUGAGGCUGAAGGCGCUUCAAUCGCAAGUCGCGAAUAUCGAGAGGGAACUUAAAGAAGGUCUCGAGGAAGAGCAAAAGCUACGGGAGGACUUGGAUUUUAUCUCGGAUGACGACGUUUCCAUGCCUACAGCUCCUGAGCCUGUUGCUUCGCGGCCAGUGUCGGCCCGUAUUCUUAGCGAAUCCAUUACAAACGUGGAGAAAGCUGGAUAUGGGCUUGCAAAUCCCAUCGAAAUGCUGAGCUCCGACCAUAUUGCAACAGAUACGAGCUCUCGAUCAACCCCUGAGGUGGUUGGAGAGAAUGCCGCUGCCUACGCUCCACCAGACGGUCAAGGUACAGAGUCCCAUUUGGUCCCCGAAGAUACUAGUGAUGCAGUCACGAAAGUCGCAACAGUCACAACAGAUGAUGCGGAUAUUGCUAUGGGAGAGGCAGAAAACAGCGGAGAGGAAGCAGAUGAGGACUCUGACGGCUAUGAGCCAGCCGAGGCCAGCUCAUAUGAGACUGGACGUUCCUCGCCUAAUCUGAAGACGUCCGAUGCCGCACAUGAGCUUACUGACAGCGACCCGGCUGUGGCAGCCCUUAGUGCCGAAUUAUUAUCUGCAGGACGGCAAGACUCUGCUUCCGUCAUGGAGCCAGAGAGAGAAGUAGUGGCCGCCUCUCACAAUGCCGAGCAUGUGGAUAGUGCUCCCGUACAGUCGAGCUACCUAGCCUACGAUUCGCCACUGCGAUACUUUCUCUCGUAUCGCUUCCACCCAGAUUUCAACAAUGUUGUUGCUGGUGGUCUGCGAUCUAUGACAUACAGUAAUAAAAUCGACACCAUGCUUCCUCUCUGUCCAGACGAGCUGGCAGGCGAUGCAUGCCCUCGGGGGAAGAACUGCCACUUCCAGCACUUUGCGGAUUUGAGCGCGCCCGGUAUGUUUUCGCUCUCUAUUCCACCGGAGCCUUGCAGCGAUGCCGACGAGGACGCCGACGAGGCCAGCCUGGCAUGGGCGAUGCAAAAGAGAACUGACCAGAAAUCGCGCAAGCAAGAGUACAUUGAGGGCCUGCGCCAGCUGCUCACCGACUUCCGAGACCGCAAGGUGAAGGAUUUCGAAACAAUCAGCCAAGGCAUCAUAGAGUAUCGAGCCAAGUUCCAUGGCGACGCGAGUAAGAUUCUCCCCCUGGGCAACAUUGCCCUCUGA